AUGCACAAAGUCGGAGAUGGCAAGCGACCAGCACCAGACGGCAAGGCCAUCCCGAAGCCAUCAGCAGCACCUACGCAUCGACCGGCAAAGGUCCAAAAAACCGACAACGGCGCAGCUAGCGAGUCAAAAUCACCAGACGGAGCUUCUCCAGAAAUUCCCGAGAAAGACAAAGGCGACGGAGCAUUUCCUGAAUUUAUGUCUCUUGGAGCUCCAAAGCCCAAAGCCAAAUUGGCGUUUCCUGCAUCUCUACCUCUAAAGCAGCUGGCCAAAGUCCUUCAAGUACCACCAGCUCCGGAGGCUCAGGCUCCCGAUGACAUCUCUCAUCAGUUUCACGUAGGCGGCAAAGCCAUGGACACCGACUUGGCUUGCAGAGGACUUCGGCGAGGCAGUGCCCUCAUGGCGGACGGUGCACAUCGAGUUGCAGCGUCGAAAGCCAUCCAUGGACAAUACUGCCUUGCCAUCGGCCUAGAAGAACAAUGCAAUUGCGAAGAGCUGGUUGGCUGUCAACUCAUGAGUCAGUGGGCUUGUUCUGCUACCGCUGCAAUGAGCAGAGAUUUGUCUGACAAUGAAAUUGGCACAGACGGUUUGGACAAGCUUUUCCAGGUGUUGAGAGAUCAUCGAGUGCCUUGCGUUGUCUUGAAGGCCUACAGAAAUUCAGUCGAUGAUUCCUUUGUGGACACUCUGGUGGAGUAUCUCUACACGCAGCCUGAGGCGUUCCCUAUGCACGGCAUUCACAUCUCCCACAACAAUAUCUCCGACAAGGGGGCCUCCCGAUUGAUUCGGGCAGCAGCUCAAUGCGGCCAUUAUCCUCGUCUCACGACUCGCUUGCCUCUUUGGUUGCGAUUGGAAGUGAAUUCUCUUGAGAAUCCGCAGAAGGUGAUCAAAGAUGCCAAUGACGAAGGCUUUAAGGUUUGCUUGAUGCAGGAUGGUCUCUGCAGCAGAGACAACUGCGACCACUACUCUGGAGUUCAUGUCCAACUGCCAUACUUCCUGAAUCAGCCUGCCAAGGGACUGGCAAAUGUUGAACAGUUUGGAUACAGCCAACUGCGACCUGUUGGGCAAUACUCAUCAACACAAGGUGUGCUUGCACCGCAGGCAGCAGGUACAGAGUCGGAUGGAGCUGGCGGGGCUGUGGGGUCUUCAGCCCUCGGCGUGUCCACUAAGGCAGCCCCUCCGAAACCAAGUUUUCAAACAGGCGAAUAUCAAUGGAAUGGUGACUGGAACGGCCAGUGGAGCAAUGAGUGGAACGGUCAAUGGAACAAUCAAGAGACGUGGGGCCGGGGCCGGGGACGUGGCCAAAAAGGAUGGAAUGGUGGCAAAGGUGGAUGGUCUGGACGUGAAGGAGGAAGAGGUCGCCUUUGGCAGGGGAAAGCGCUGGUCGCGAAGGUGAAGAAAGAUAUCAGGAUUCCUGAAGGUCAAACUGAUCUUGGUUUCCAUUGGAGGUAUUGUGGUGAAGGCAAAGCUCCACGAGUCACCUCUGUCUCUGGUGCAUUCGUUUCUCAAACGGCCAAGGAAGUUCUUCAGAGUGUGCUUCUUCAGAUUGGCGAGGUUAAAGAUGUCAAAUUGACGUGCACCAGACCGUGGCAACAAAGCUUCCUUUCUGGGUUAACCUCAAUGGAAGGGUAUGGUUUAUUUGGAUCCCAAGAUGCAAAGGGUGGCUUCGUAGAUGGAAGCACGGAGUUUGCUUUCGAGGUGGUAGCUUCGGAUCCAAAUGACUUUGAACCACUGCUGGAGACCCUGUUGCUUGAGGCUGAGUGCGGUGGAGCUCGUCACCUUUUGCCCAUGUUGGCCGAGCAGCUUUGCUCCGACGACCUGGCAACCCCGAGACACCUGAAGGUGCGCAUCGAGGUUUCCAAGGAGUCGCAAACAUAG